AUGGCGACAAUGAGCAAAACCCAGAAGUCAAAAGCCACUCCGAGAUCUCAUAGACUUUUUCUGUUGUUAUCUAUAGUCGCCGUCGCAAUGUUCCUCCUUUUCUCUUCGGUGAUUAUUACCGGCGGAUUGGGUUUACCGUACCGGAGAACCUUGAUUGAUUAUUUCGUUAGGUCUUCUCGAAGCAAGAGACAACACAGUUUUUCGGACAAGUAUUUGUAUUGGGGAGACAGAAUCGAUUGUCCUGGUAAGAACUGUGAGACUUGUGCUGGUUUGGGUCACCAAGAAUCCAGCUUUAGAUGUGCCCUUGAAGAAGCCAUGUUUCUUAACAGGACUUUUGUAAUGCCUUCUCGGAUGUGUAUCAAUCCAAUACAUAACAAGAAAGGUAUACUUAAUCGAUCAGACAAUGAAACUACAGAGGAAAGUUGGGAAGUGAGCUCUUGUGCAAUGGAGUUAUUGUAUGAUAUUGACCUCAUCUCUGAGAAGAUACCUGUGAUCUUGGAUGACUCGGAGACGUGGCACAUUGUGUUAUCGACGAGUAUGAAAUUGGGAGAACGAGGGAUUGCGCAUGUGAAUGGAGCCAAUAGGCAUGAGCUUAAUGACUCUAGCCACUUUUCAAAUCUUUUGGUCAUUAACCGAACCGCAAGUCCGCUCGCAUGGUUUGUUGAGUGCAAGGAUAGAAGUAAUCGUAGCGACGUCAUGCUUCCUUACUCGUUUCUCCCGAAUAUGGCGGCAUCAAGAUUGAGAAAUGCUGCAGAAAAGAUAAAAGCACAACUUGGUGAUUACGAUGCAAUCCAUGUCCGUCGAGGUGACAAAUUGAAAACUCGAAAAGACAGGUUCCGGGUUGAAAGAACUCAGUUUCCACAUUUGGACAGAGAUACACGCCCGGAGUUUAUCCUCGGCAGAAUAAAGAAGCAGAUCCCACCAGGACGGACUCUUUUUAUCGGUUCUAAUGAGAGAACCCCUGGAUUCUUUUCGCCUCUCGCUGUCAGGUAUAAAGUGGCUUAUUCAUCGAAUUUCAGCGAGAUUCUGGAUCCUAUAAUCGAAAACAACUACCAGCUAUUCAUGGUGGAGAGGCUGAUAAUGAUGGGUGCAAAGACAUUCUUCAAAACAUUUAGAGAGUACGAAACGGAUCUCACUUUAACAGAUGAUCCGAACAAGAACUGGGAAAAACCAGUAUACACCAUGGAUGGAGGCAAAGAGGAAGCCAGCUAA